UGUUUUACUAUGGCUUCAUCGAAACGAACAUUCAGAAUGUUUGUGGAGCAAGAGUUAGGCAUAUUCCCACAUUUUGUCGUCUGGGCUAUUCUUGAAUGGAUGCUGAUAAUCUCACUUUACCUUGAUGGCUUCCUGUCAUUCAUAUCCCAAAAAUAUGCUGAUAUCUUUGAGUUAGACCCUCCAUGCAUUCUAUGCACACGGAUUGAUCAUGCACUAUGUGGGAAGAACCCGAAUUUGUAUUAUAACGAGUCCAUAUGUGAAUCUCACAAGAAAGACAUAUCUUCAUUAGCAUAUUGUCGUGUCCAUAGGAAACUUUCUGAUAUAAGGUACAUGUGUGAAGCUUGUCUUCUAUCAUAUGCAAUUGAAAAAGAAUCUGAUAAUGAUAUUGAUGGAGACACGGAUGAUGACAAAGAUGAGAUGAAUGUUAGGAAACCCGAGAAGAAGACUAGAUAUGGUAAUAGAAAGAAUGGGGUGAUUGAUCCAAAUAUGUGUUCAUGCUGUGGCGAGUCUUUGGAGCCGAAAGAACCUUGUAAAGAGUUCUCUAGAAGCUUAUCGAGUCUUCGUUCUUCUUCACAGUUCCCAACAACUCCUAGAGCGUUUUCGUCUUUAGCACCUACAUCUUCCCCGAGAGCAUACUCUUCAUUAGCCCCAAUUUCCUCUCCUAGGACAUUUUCUUCAUUGUUUCCGACUUCUUCCCCUAGGUUGACCUCUUCAUUAGCACCGAUGUCUUCUCCUAGAGCAUUUUCUUCACAAACAAGGUUUACCAAUGUCAGGUUUGUAUCUGAUAAUGAGCCAGACAUGCCUGAGGACAAAUACGGAUCGAACACAAACACAAAACAAAUGAAUGAAGACGCCGGCAGAACCCCUAGACAUCUAAAAGGAAACAAGUUCUAUGGAAUACCGUUGUCGGAAACAGUUGCAGCCAGUCCAAGAUCUGUUGCUAUUAAACCACCCAAGAAAGCUACAUUAGAAAAGCCCAAAUUUUUAUUGUCAGAACCCAUCGAAGAAUCAUUAACAGGCGGCCAUUCACUUCUUACACUACUAAAGAAACAAGUCAAUGACAACAAAAAGACUCUAGUCACCUUAUAUUUGGAACUUGAUGAAGAACGUAGUGCUGCUACAGUUGCAGCCAACAACGCCAUGGCUAUGAUCACACGAUUACAAGCAGAAAAGGCUGGUGUUCAUAUGGAAGCAUUGCAGUAUCAAAGAAUGAUGGAUGAACAAGCCGAGUAUGAUGAAGAAGCCAUUCAAAUCUUGAAAGAUUUGCUUUUAAAAAAAGAGGAUGAUGUGAGGAUUUUGGAAAGUGAACUUGAUGCUUACCAUGAGCGAUAUGGUGAGAUUAAGAAAGUUGGUAGUGAAAAUUAUGAUGAGUAUUAUGAUGAGUCGCAUCCUCGGUCUUUAUCAUCUCAUGAAGACAACUCUGAGCGUGGUGGGAGUGUUUUGGAAGAUCAUAAUGUGGAUGGAAAUAACAAGGGGAAUAGCGAGAAAUCGUCGUUGAACUAUGAAAGCGAAAGAACACAGCUUUUUGGAAUGUUGAAAGAUUUUGAGAAACAUGUUCAUGCAUCUGCACAACAUGAUCAGCAUCAUGAGUCUAAUAACUCAGGUGAUAACACUAUGUUGUUCUUCAUUCGUGGUGAUGAUAACACGAUACUUAGGAGAGAAGUGAAUCAAUUGAGGGAGAAGUUGGCAGCCAUAGAAGCUGAAAGUGGAUUUUUAAAGCAAACUGCAAUGACACUUGAAAAAGGCGAUGAGGGUACCAAACUUCUAACAGAAAUAGCUGAACAUCUUAGAAAGUUAGAUGGUUCUUCACCCAAUUAACUAAUAAGU